AUGACGGCGAAAUUAUGCGACAAGUGCUUCAUCAUCCAAUUUAACGACAAGCUGCUGGAGCCUCAUGUUGUAAAGGAAGUUGUGAAGCAAGAUGUGGAGUCCCCAACCUUGAGCCUGCCGCUUGAGGAGUAUCACAAGGUGCUGCUUGACUACCACGUUAUUGAUACAUUACCAGAGCUACCAUUGUUGAGUGAGAGCGCAAAUCUGGGCUGUGGCUUUUGUUCACUCCUACGCCAUGAAAUCAUCCGGGCAGGGUUUAACUAUGAUGGUUCCUUGGAAAUACGACUUGCGUACGCUUGGGGGGACAAGUGGCAUUCAAAAAUUGGACUUGGAGCUUUGGUGGCAGAGUUAAAGGGGCGUCCCGAUAUCCCGUCUGUCCUGCCUGCUUCCACCCCCUUACCUGGUUGCAUUAUAUUCGCCCUUGAGACAGAUGACACGUCUGUUGCCUCCUGGCUACAGAUUCCUCGACUUCGGAAAUCAGAUGUACUUUGCGAAGACAAUAUUCAGUUCAUGAAGGAAACCAUCAACAAAUGCACGUCAGAGUGCUCUCACCUCGAAACAACUGGUUUUCUUCCAACUCGCCUUCUAUAUCUCGGGCCAGACCUAAAUUCAAGCAGUAUACGACUGAUAAACCGCCAACAUAUAGCUGAAAUUCGCCCAAAAUACGCUGCUUUGAGCUACUGCUGGGGCUCGCCAAGCGACGGGGAGAAUCAAUUAUGCACCACAUCCGACAGCCUGGGGGCAAGGACAGCCGGCAUUGAUGAAAACUCGAUGCACACUGUUCUCCGAGAUGCAGUCAAGGUCUGUAGAGAGCUGUCGAUUCAUUAUCUCUGGGUUGAUUCUCUGUGCAUUAUACAGGGCGACCUCUCUGAUUGGGAGAGUGAGAGUGAAUCCAUGGCUCUUGUUUAUAGCCACGCUCUAGUCACAAUUUGCGCUUUGAGUUCAAACUCUGGAUCUGAGACCUUUUUGACAAGAGACCGACGACAUAUCCCGAUCCCGUUCUCCUCUCAGAUAAACCCCGAGAUUGCUGGUCAGUACAGCCUGGUCACGUCAGGUUACUCCCUCGACUGGGGGUUGGUUGGCUGGCUGGCACUGGAUGUGCACCAUUCGCGAUGGAAUAGCAGAGGAUGGACCCUCCAAGAAUCCCUAAUGUCUACAAGAAAGUUGUACUUUGGAGAAUCGAUGAUACACUUUGAAUGCGACCAUUUCUCCGUCUCUGAGACUGGAUACUGCCCACCAAACUACCGGAAAGACUAUGAACUUGACUCUAAAUCAGAUCACUAUAUAGUGCGCCUUGAGCAAUGGGACUUGAUACGGAACAAUUACGGACGACGAAAGUAUACCAAUGUUAGAGACACACUACCGGGGUUGGCCGGGAUGGCCAAAUAUGUGUCGAACAGAGUGGGCGACCGAUAUCUCGCUGGCUUGUGGGAGAGAGACCUGCCGUACGCAUUGAUGUGGUUUCCCUAUUGCCGCCCAAAUACCGCUGAUCAUACAUCUCUAAACGAGCUCGUCGAUAAAUUAUGCUCCCCGAACCCAUAUAUCGCGCCGUCGUGGAGCUCAUUCAGGCCACUUGGGGUAGGAGUUGAGUUCGGGUUGAGAUUUUCACGACCGGGAUUCCUCAGGGAUCUGCUAUCAGCGGAAGCCUGCAUUGCCGAGACACGAAUCACUCCAAAGGGAGAAAAUAUCUUUGGAGAGAUCCAAGGUGCAGUGAUGCGAAUACGGGGACGUGUCGCAAAUGUACCCGCUGACAUUGUCCCUCUUGACUGUCACCGGUUGCACCCGAAGCUAUGGCACAUUCAAGAUCAAGGCCGCAUCAUCGCUUACUGCCACAUUGAUUGUGUACCAAAAGAAAAGGUGGUUUCUAGAAACAAACUGUUGAUGUUGAUGCUCAUGAGCUCUGAAGGGACUUAUUCCUGGGAAACCAUGAUUAAACAGUGGAACCGCGUUCGAUAUCGUGAAGAUUUACCAUCCGAAGACGAGAGUUCAAACGAUGAUUCAUCAGUUGCCAGCUCGGAAGGACUUCAGCACAGCGACACAGAAGAAAAAGACGGUGAGGGUGGGACGCUACCUACUCAAUCUGCUCGUGACUUUACAAAAGAUUAUCGAAUCUCGGAGGGCAGGAACGUGUACGGCCUUCUCUUGCAUCCGGCUCAAGAACCUGGGAGAUUUAUCCGAGUGGGCGUCUGGGCGUCAGUGGCGGGAGAUGGCGUAGGAAUGAGUUACUUUGAGCAAUUUGAGACCAAAGAAGUUGAGGUAGUUUGA